AUGGCGGACACUGAGAUACAAUCACUAGAUGUGCCUUGUACUACUACUGAUGAUGAUAAUGUCCUAAAGGAAGAACCUUUAGAGCCAGAAAUGAACCAAAACCCUACUGAAACCCCCCAGCCCCUUCUUCCUCCCGGGGAUAACGAAGAUGAAGAAGAUGGUCAAGCAGCCAAUGGUCAUGAGGAGAAGAAGAAUGGUGAUGUUGGAGUAGUUCUUCACGCUGAGGAGAAGAAGACAAAUACUGGAGAUGAAAAUGGCAAAAAGCGCAAGACUUGGUUGCUCAGUGAUUCUCAAGCACGAGAAGUUGAUGAAGCAGGGACGCCAGAAGAACAGCAGGCGUUUCUAAGAGAGUUGGCGACCUUUCACAGAGAGAACUACCUGGAUUACAAACCUCUUAAGUUUUAUGGGCAGCCUUUAAACGCUCUCAAGCUAUGGCGAGCAGUCAUUAAACUAGGUGGCCAUGACGUGGUCACCACAUCUAAGCUAUGGCGGCAAGUUGGAGAAUCCUUCAAUCCUCCUAAGACGUGCACAACAAUCUCCUACACAUUCCGCAAUUUCUAUGAAAAGGCACUUUUGGAGUACGAAAAGAGUUUAAGGAAAAAUGGUGAGCUUAACCUUCCUGAUUCAACACACAUUCUGUCUUCAGUCCUCGAGAAAGAGGUUAUUAGUCAUCAAGGUUCAGGAUCAGGCAGGGCUCGGAGAGAUUCUGCAGCUCGUGCUAUGCAAGGUUGGCAUACACAGCGCCUUGUCGGAUCUGAAGAGGAUAAGGGCUUAAUCCCAACGCCAAAGCAUAAGAAACUCAAAAGCAUUGGCCUGCAUAAACACAAUACACCAACUUGCAUGGACCUUGAUGUUUCAGCAGAUAAACAGUCGGUUGCUGAUGUUGUUGAUGAUGGACCCCUUACUGACUGGGUGAAGAUAACUGUCAAAGAAACCAAGGAUUCCUUUGAGAUAUAUGCUUUGGUACCUGGACUUCUUCGCAAAGAGAUUCAUAUUCAAUCAGAUCCGGCUGGACGACUGAUUAUAACAGGGGAGCCCGAGCAGCUUGACAAUCCUUGGGGCAUUACACCAUUCAAAAAGAUCAUUGGAUUAUCAGCAAGAAUCGAUCCGCUUCACACAUCUGCGGUCAUGAGCAUGCACGGUCGGUUGUUCAUACGCGUUCCGUUUGAGCAGUGA